CUCACUCACCCCCACCCCCCCGCCGAGCGAGGAGGAGCCGGAGGAGAGGAAGAUGGCGGCGGCCGCCAGUACCCGCGGGGCCGCGGGGCCGCUUCGAGGAGCCUGAGAGACCCACAGAGGCUUCGCGGGAAGACGCGGCGGCGGAGGAUGAGCCUGCAGAGCGCGCAGUAUCUCCGGCAGGCAGAAGUCCUGAAGGCUGACAUGACAGAUUCUAAGCUGGGUCCAGCUGAGGUCUGGACAUCCAGACAGGCUCUGCAGGACCUGUACCAGAAAAUGCUAGUUACUGAUUUGGAAUACGCUUUAGACAAGAAAGUAGAACAGGAUCUCUGGAAUCAUGCCUUUAAGAAUCAGAUCACAACACUACAAGGCCAGGCAAAGAAUCGAGCAAACCCGAAUCGGAGUGAAGUUCAGGCAAACCUUUCUCUGUUCCUAGAGGCAGCUAGUGGCUUCUAUACUCAGUUAUUACAAGAACUAUGUACAGUGUUUAAUGUAGAUUUACCAUGCCGUGUGAAGUCUUCCCAAUUGGGAAUUAUCAGCAAUAAACAGACGCAUACCAGCGCCAUAGUGAAGCCACAGUCUAGCUCCUGUUCCUAUAUCUGCCAGCACUGCCUCGUCCACCUUGGAGACAUUGCUCGAUACAGAAACCAGACCAGCCAGGCAGAAUCCUACUAUAGGCAUGCAGCUCAGCUUGUCCCCUCUAAUGGUCAGCCUUAUAAUCAGUUGGCUAUCUUAGCUUCUUCCAAAGGAGACCAUCUGACUACAAUUUUCUACUACUGCAGAAGCAUCGCUGUGAAGUUUCCUUUCCCAGCUGCCUCCACUAAUCUACAAAAAGCACUUUCUAAAGCACUGGAAAGCCGGGAUGAGGUGAAAACCAAAUGGGGUGUUUCUGACUUCAUCAAGGCCUUUAUUAAAUUCCAUGGUCAUGUGUACCUGAGUAAGAGCUUGGAAAAGUUGAGCCCUCUUCGAGAGAAAUUGGAAGAACAGUUUAAGAGGCUGCUAUUCCAAAAAGCUUUCAACUCUCAGCAGUUAGUUCACGUCACUGUCAUUAACCUGUUUCAACUUCAUCACCUUCGUGACUUUAGCAAUGAAACGGAGCAGCAUAGUUACAGCCAAGAUGAGCAGCUGUGUUGGACACAGUUGCUGGCCCUCUUUAUGUCUUUUCUUGGCAUCCUGUGCAAGUGUCCUCUCCAGAACAAGUCUCAGGAGGAGUCCUACAAUGCCUAUCCCCUUCCUGCAGUUAAGGUCUCCAUGGACUGGCUGAGACUCAGACCCAGGGUCUUUCAGGAGGCAGUGGUAGAUGAAAGACAAUACAUUUGGCCCUGGCUAAUUUCUCUUCUAAAUAGUUUCCAUCCCCAUGAAGAGGAUCUUUCAAGUACUAAUGCUACACCACUUCCAGAGGAGUUUGAGUUACAAGGAUUCUUGGCUUUGAGACCUUCUUUCAGGAACUUGGAUUUUUCCAAAGGCCACCAGGGUAUUACAGGAGACAAAGAAGGUCAGCAACGACAAAUACGGCAGCAGCGCUUGAUCUCUAUAGGCAAAUGGAUCGCCGAUAAUCAGCCAAGGCUGAUUCAGUGUGAAAAUGAGGUAGGGAAAUUGUUGUUUAUCACAGAAAUCCCAGAGUUAAUACUGGAAGACCCCAGUGAAGCCAAAGAGAACCUCAUUCUGCAAGAACCAUCCAUGAUAGAGUCACUGGCUUCGGAUGGGAACCCAGGACUGAAAUCAGUGCUGUCCACGGGCCGUAAUCUAAGCAACAACUGUGACCCAGGAGAGAAACCAAUGGUCACCUUCAAAGAGAACAUUAAGCCGCGAGAAGUGAACAGAGACCAAGGAAGAAGUUUUCCUCCCAAAGAGGUGAGAAGGGACUGUAGCAAAGGAAUUACUGUAACUAAGAAUGAUGGAAAGAAGGACAACAGCAAGAGGAAAACAGAAACCAAGAAAUGCAUCUUAGAAAAGUUACAGGAAACAGGAAAGCAGAGUGUGGCAGUGCAGGUAAAAUCCCAGACAGAACUAAGAAAGACUCCAGUGUCUGAAGCCAGGAAAACACCUGUAACUCAAACCCCAAGUCAAGCAAGUAACUCCCAGUUCAUCCCCAUUCAUCACCCUGGAGCCUUCCCUCCUCUUCCCAGCCGGCCAGGGUUCCCGCCCCCCACAUAUGUUAUUCCCCCUCCUGUGGCAUUUUCUAUGGGCUCAGGUUACACCUUCCCAGCUGGUGUUUCUGUCCCAGGAACCUUUCUUCAGCCUACAGCUCACUCUCCAGCAGGAAACCAGGUGCAAGCUGGGAAACAGUCCCACAUUCCUUACAGCCAGCAACGGCCCUCUGGACCAGGGCCAAUGAACCAGGGACCUCAACAACCACAGCCACCUUCCCAGCAACCCCUUACAUCUUUACCAGCUCAGCCAACAGCACAGUCUACAAGCCAGUUGCAGGUUCAAGCUCUAGCUCAGCAACAAUCCCCCACAAAAGCUGUGCCGGCUUUGGGGAAAAGCCCUCCUCACCACUCUGGAUUCCAGCAGUAUCAACAGGCAGAUGCCUCCAAACAGCUGUGGAAUCCCCCUCAGGUUCAAGGCCCAUUAGGGAAAAUCAUGCCUGUGAAACAGCCCUACUACCUUCAGUCCCAAGACCCCAUAAAACUGUUUGAGCCGUCACUGCAACCUCCUGUAAUGCAGCAGCAGCCUCUAGAGAAAAAAAUGAAGCCUUUUCCCAUGGAGCCAUAUAACCAUAAUCCCUCAGAAGUCAAGGUCCCGGAAUUCUACUGGGAUUCUUCUUACAGUAUGGCCGAUAACAGAGCUGUAAUGGCACAGCCAGCAAAUAUGGACCGCAGGGGCAAACGGUCACCAGGAGUCUUCCGUCCAGAGCAGGAUCCUGUGCCCAGGAUGCCAUUUGAGAAAUCCUUGUUGGAGAAGCCCUCGGAACUCAUGUCCCAUUCCUCCUCUUUCUUGUCCCUCACCGGAUUCUCUCUCAAUCAGGAAAGAUACCCAAAUAACAGUGUGUUCAAUGAGGUCUAUGGGAAAAACCUGACAACCAGCUCCAAAACAGAACUUAAUCCUUCGCUCGCCCCCCAGGAGACAUCACUGUACUCCCUCUUUGAAGGGACCCCCUGGUCUCCAUCACUUCCUGCCAGUUCAGAUCAUUCAACACCAGCCAGCCAAUCUCCUCAUUCCUCUAACCCAAGCAGCCUGCCAAGCUCCCCUCCAACACACAACCAUAAUUCUGUUCCAUUCUCCAACUUUGGACCCAUUGGAACUCCAGAUAACAGGGAUAGGAGAACUGCAGAUCGGUGGAAAACUGAUAAGCCAGCCAUGGGUGGGUUUGGCAUUGACUAUCUCUCAGCGACAUCAUCCUCUGAGAGCAGUUGGCAUCCAGCCAGCACUCCAAGUGGCACCUGGACAGGCCACGGCCCCUCCAUGGAGGAUUCCUCUGCUGUCCUCAUGGAAAGCCUAAAGUCUAUCUGGUCCAGUUCCAUGAUGCACCCUGGACCUUCCGCUCUGGAGCAGCUGUUAAUGCAGCAGAAGCAGAAACAGCAGCGGGGACAAGGCACCAUGAACCCUCCACACUGAGGCCAAAGUGGCAACCCUGGGAAUGAAGGCUCCAUAAACCAUGGCAUGUUGGGUUUGCAGGACUGGCCCAUACAGUUCCCUGCAGGUGGCAGCCCUCUUUUCUGUUUCUUGCUGUCGAGAGGGUGUAAGCGUUCCACCGGCGUGCUGAGUGUGCACGAAAUGUCUGCAGUGCAACAAAAAGAACAAAACCAUCAGGAACUCUCUGUCCCCCUGGGGCCUUCCGGAGGGAGAGAGGAACUGCUCUUUGUCUCACUCAGUUACCUGAUAUCACCGCCUCUCACCUUCUCCAUCGUGCAUGUCCCCAGCCACAAGGGAAGUGAAAGCUGAGAAGGGGAGGCAGAUGGGAGAAGCCAACGGGAACUUCUCAGUCCUUUUUUCCUCUUUGGGGAAUAAAAUAGGAAUCCAUUAAUGAUUGCUUUGCUGACUGAGAAUGUAGUUGAAAUUAUUCCUGAACAUCUUUUAUUAUUGUUAUUACUCUCAGUAGUAAAAUAUCACACUGAAUUCUUCCACACACAGAUGUGCUUCUUCUAGUCAGUGUGCAGCAAGGAAAGCCGCCCCGUUCACUGCUCCUGCGAGAGGUUGGUGGUGACAGGAUGGGGAAGCUGACCUCUUCAGCCAGUGGACGUGUUCCAUGAGGGAGAGUCCAAGGCCUCAACUUUCACUCAGAAGGUUCUGGCAGGCCCUCCUCUGGCCUGGAGACUCCAGCAGGAAAUGCCCUUCACUCUGUAGGUGCUCGAGCCCCAGUCGAGGAUGCAGUGUGGGUGGUGGUGCUGGGCUGGAUUGGCAGAUGACUGCUGUAGGAUUUUAAAUUAAUGUUUUUGAUUCCUGUACAUUUUAUAGUAGCAUAGCAAGCAGUCUCACAGAAGGCAGGCUGGUCCAUUCGUGGCCUGACACAUUUUAAUAGGUAGAAGCUUUCAGUGUGGUUAUUUUUUGUUUGAUUGGUUUUUGUGACCCCCAUCCUGCUUACCACCCAUCUCCUCUUGUCCCUACCUCCAUCCCUUUCCCACCCUAUGCUGUCUGCCAGUAGUUGUUUCUAUUCCUAAUGUGUACAACAUCUCGCCAAGAAGCAACAGCAUGGGGUCCAGCAGUUGGGGCCCGAAAGACAGUCUGAGGAGGAAGGAAGCAGCGGCGUCUGCAUAGCGCACGACGGCCCAGGCCCCUGCCCAGCUGCGCCUCCCGACCUCCACUUUCAGAGUGAAAUUCAAGGCAACACGGACGCGUGUGCAUCAUGCACAGAAGAAAACACAACGAAGUCCGUUCUGGAAAAGGCGAAAGAAAAGAAAAUAAACUUUUAUUUGGUAUUUAUUAGAAGGAAAGAGGACUGAAAAUUUUCUUGUGUAGAAACAGAAGGACAGCAUUUCUGUUAGUUCCUGGAAAAGUAAUAUUUUAAGGGGAAAUUAUGGAAACAAUCUAAAUGUCCAGUUGCUGUGCUAGUGGUAAGGUCUGUUUCUGGGAGGUCUCGUGUGUGUGUGUGUGUGUGUGUGUGUACACGCGCGGGUGCGCGCACCCAGCUGCUCCCCCUGGGGGAGGGGGAGUGUGUGUGAGUGUGUGGAGUCGGUGUGGGACUUACAAACUGGAAGACAGCUGCAGAGCAAAGCACAUCCAGGAGCCCCGGUUGUCACUCGAGUCUGGGCAACCCCAGCAAUGGAAGGGGUGAGAUUAAUGCUCAUUGCUCUUCAGAGACAGUGGUUGGAGCCCCGUAUGCUUACAUUAUUGCUCUUUAAGUUUGACAUGGUGUUUGGGGUUUUUUGUUUUUGUUUUUUUUUUGUUGUUGUUGUUGUUGUUUUGAAAGGUCUGAAAGGGUGAAGCCCCCCCACCCAGUGGCAAUAGGAAACCCUUUGUGCUUCUCUCCAGCCCCUUCCCUGUGUCCGCCUCUCUCCCAUCCCCUCCCUUCCAAGCCUCCUUCCCCACUACCUUGACCCACUUUGUGUGUUUGAGCUCUGCAUUCAGGCAGCUGCAACAUUCCAGCGUUUGAGCUGUCCCUGAUUCUUGCACCCUAGACGAGCUAGCCAGGUUCACUGUCUCACCCCCGGUACUGCCCACAUCCCAUCUACAGCCCUGUUUCUGCAUGAGAAUUUGGUGUUUGGAAUGUUUUCUGACUCUUGGGGCGGGGUUCCUCGCCUUAUCAUCCUCAAUGUGGAGUAAUGAGGAGGGAGAGGAGAAUCUUCAUCAGAAACUGGUUUUGUGUGGUAAACGUUCUCUUGUGUUUUUUUUGUUUUGUUUUGUUUUUUGUUUUGUUCUGUUUCGGUCUGUCUGUGCAAGACCUGCAGCUGCUGAAAUCAGCUUUGCCUUUAAUUAAACCAUGUUCUCUCCAACCAGA